UUGGAGAGAUUGAGAUUGUGAGAGUGUUCCAUUGCGGGAACGACCCGCAACGCUCGCUGGAGAACCCCCAGUUCGGUUUCAUUCGUGACAAGAACAGGUUGUUUUCUUCACUUCCGUCGGUGGAAACCAAUCGUGGUGCGGGCCAAAAUUUCAGGAAGUUCCAUUCCGGACCAAAUCCUUUCUUGUGCCGAGAUUACCCGAACCGUCCAGUGAUCAUGAUGUCCGCACUGCAGCAGUCCGCAUUUCUCGUCAGCUUAAUGCUGCUUGCAAUUUUCGUUCACAAAGGUGAUGCUAUCCGUUGCUUCGAGUGCAACAGUGCUGAAGAUUCAACCUGCACACAUGACAACCCGCCGGACACGAUGUCGGUCGACUGUAAUGACCAUAAGGAUGGCAACAAGUACACGUUCUGCCGGAAGAUCGUUCAGAUCAUCGAGUUCCCGGUCAACAAUCUUCCCCCCGACAACCGGGUGAUCCGUGGAUGUGGUUGGGACGAGUCCACCUACAAGGGUAAAUGCUACCAGCGUUCCGGAUUCGGUGGCCGUCAAGAGGUGUGCGCUUGCUACGACGACAACUGCAACGGUGCCUCGUCCCUGUCCGUCGCGUUCGGAGUGCUGCUGUUCGGUGCGAUCGCUUUCAUGAUUCGUGCUUAAUCCUCUCAUUGGCAUCACCCGACACAUAUCCACCGGCACUAGUAAUCUUCCGCUAUGUUUUGUGUGCGUUUCCUCGCCCGUUCUAUUCCUCAUGUCCCACCACAAAAGAAUCCCCCUUCAUCCGUAGGGCUAUGAGUUUGAUUGUCGUAUCCUUUCCAGUAACUUGCGUUGCUCGUUGAACAUAAUUUCUAAGAUUGACGUUACGAAUAGGGCUAUUAGAUGUUAUUAGCACGAUUGCCAAUUGAGUGGGAUUGCAUUAUGCGGAGCACAAUGCUCGUAGAUUUGGGCUCAAUGCUGCCAUAGUUUAAACGUACGGAUCGGUCGGACGGAUCUUACAAGUACCGCAUGCCCGCAUAUCAUGCAGUUGCAACUUUUGUACUAUACGCGCGUUUUGGAGGAGUUCUUUUAUUUUUGGUUUUGCUUACUAUUUUGAUAACAUCCGUACCACUGGGCGGUGGGGUGGGUUGCCGGUGGUCAACUAGGCCGCGGUUUUUCAGUCGACGAACGUUGGCCAGUUCGCCUCGCGGAUUGGUAUGAUUUUACGGUGCACAUACCAAAGAAAGUGUGGACAGUGAAUGGAACCAGUAACCGUUUGUGUGGGAAGAAAUCUCGAAAUUCCUUUUUCUUUUGUAGCUGUAGUUGUUAUCUAGUUAUCAGAUGGCCAUCGAAACGCUACUAAAACUUUAACUCAUAGGCGAAAAACAACGAAACCCGGAAAACGCGUAGAGAACAAUAGAGCUACAACAGACAAACGCACGGCAGAGAAGGGGGUAAAGCAGAAUGGCAACCAAAAAUCUAUAAACAGGAAAGAAUUAUAAGCACGAUAGUUGUUAAGCGACAUCCCGCUGCAGAAGGCACCGGGAAAUUGUGCCACGAACGGGCAAUUUUGAAACCGAAGCCGAAUGGGUUCGUCGAAAAACACACGAAAAGGAAAUUCAAUUUCCCUACAGCUGUGGUACGUAAACGUGUUACUAGUUUUCGAGAUGUUUCAUGUGGUGUGUUUGUUCGUAAAGUUGGAGCGCUUCGACAAAGAUUUAACUAAACCAACAGGAGGACAAUUCGUAGACACACACCGGUGAUGAACUGCCGUCUUUUCUUCAUACUUUCACAAAUUAAAUGUUUAUUCACAUUACUAUACGGAAGCACGCACGGCCACGGCUUCGCGGCGAUCGCAAUAGAUUUAAUACAUGCAAUUGAGUAGACGCGCAAAACACGCAACAGAAGACAAAAAUACAAAACCGGACAAUAGAAAGCUUAAAAUACAAAACACUACGUCAAGUCCCUUACGACACACGUAUUUGAAAGUAAAAACUAAUUUUAAAUAAGCGAAACACACGGAUUAGGAUUGCUGGGACAUAGUACUGUUUAAAGACAUGUAUGGCGCCAAAUUAGCACAGUAAAAACAUAAUCUAACGCAAAAAAACACGUUAUCAAGCAUAAUGUGCGACAACAAUUGAUCUUGUGAUAUUCCGUUUUGUUACACGACAUCUUCGAACCCAAGACAGUGAAAUAAUAAAUUGGAAGCUACACCCGACGCUCUUAACAACGCGAAA